AAUAUUGAAGACCUAAAAACAAACACAUGGCAGACCCAAGUAACGCAUCGCUUAGUGUCUCUAUUUGAAUUCGAACCACUCUACACAACGCCGUAUUUGGAUUUCGUCGGUCGCCACCACUCCACUACCCUCAAUUUCUGAACUUCUGAAGGCUCGAGUUAUGGUGGAAACAAACGAAAACACACAGAAAGAAACCGUACGCGAAUACAUAGAAGCAGAAGGCGAGGACCGAAGUUUCGAAGAACUUGGGUUAGAUGCACGCCUAGUUCGUGCCUUAUUGAAGAAAAGAAUCGAAAAACCUACUCCAAUUCAACACGUCGCGAUUCCAUUGAUUCUGGAAGGUAAAGACGUUGUUGCUCGAGCAAAAACCGGUUCUGGGAAAACUCUUGCGUACCUUCUACCAUUGCUUCAGAAACUGUUUACUGCUAAUCCUGAUAGGAAGAAGCUAGCCCCUAAUGUUUUUAUUCUUGCUCCAUCUCGUGAACUCUGUCAACAGAUAUACGUGGAAGUCAAGUCACUUCUCGAAUUAUGCAGAGUUCAGCUGAAAGUUGUGCAAUUGAAUAGCAAUAUGCUUGCCACUGACUUGAAAGCAGCACUGGUUGGACCUCCUGAUGUUUUGAUCUCCACUCCUGCUUGCAUAGCUAAGUGUUUGUCUGACUCAAUACUUCAGGCGGCAUCCAUUAGUGGUUCCCUUGAAACUCUAGUUCUCGAUGAGGCAGAUCUUCUGUUAUCAUAUGGGUAUGAAAAUGACAUAAAAGCUUUAACACCUCACAUACCCAGAAGUUGCCAGUGUCUUCUUAUGUCUGCAACAUCAAGUGCUGAUGUUGACAAACUAAAAAAGUUGAUUUUACACAACCCCUUUAUUUUGACUUUGCCCGAAGUGGGAAAUCGUAAGGACGAUGUCAUCCCUAAAAAUGUUCAGCAGUUCUCGAUCUCAUGUCCUGCCGCCGAUAAGUUGCUCUACAUCCUUGCUAUGUUAAAGUUGGAGUUGGUUCAAAAGAAAGUUUUGAUAUUCACUAAUACCAUAGACAUGAGUUUCAGAUUGAAACUAUUUUUGGAAAAGUUUGGGAUCAAGUCUGCUGUUUUAAAUGCUGAAUUGCCUCAGAAUUCCCGUCUCCAUAUUCUUGAGGAAUUCAAUGCCGGCCUAUUUGAUUAUCUAAUUGCAACAGAUAUCAGCCAGUCAAAGGAAAAGGAAGAGGCGCCUAAGGAAAAUAAUGUUGGAUCACGGAAGUCUAGAAAACAUGCAAAGCUAAAAUUAGAUUCUGAAUUUGGAGUAGUUAGGGGAAUUGACUUUAAAAAUGUUUACACGGUAAUAAACUUUGAAAUGCCUCACAAUGUUGCAGGAUACGUACAUCGAAUUGGUCGUACUGGAAGAGCAUAUAGUUCUGGUGCUUCUAUCUCCUUGGUUUCUUCAGAUGAGAUGGAUACCUUUGAAGAUAUAAGAUCUUUUGUUGGAGACGAUGAAAACAAUGGCUCAAACUCAAUUUCCGAGUUUCCCUUACUCACCAAGAAUGCAGUUGAAUCUUUACGAUAUAGGGCUGAGGAUGUUGCAAAGAGUAUAACUAAAAUUGCUGUCCGAGAAUCACGAGCCCAAGAUUUGAGGAAUGAAAUUUUGAACUCUGAAAAGCUGAAGGCCCACUUUGAAAGCAAUCCAAGAGAUCUAGAUCUAUUGAAACACGACAAAGUUUUGAGCAAGAGUGCCCCUCCAACACACCUUCGGGAUGUCCCAGACUACUUAAUAGACAAAACAACAAAAGAGGCCAGGGCAAUGGUUAAGCUUACAAGAGAUGCAAUGGGAAAUAAUAAUCGCCGAAGGUUAUCUAAGAGAAAAGCAAAAAAAGGUGGUGACCCUCUGAUGGCUAUCUCUGCUGGGGUAUCAAAAAGACCGCACAAAGCUUUUAAAAAGGCUGGUGCAAGCAACGGCAACAGCAGAGAUAGACAGACACACAAAAAGACAGAAGAUGCAUUUUGAUUGGUUUGCUUUCUCCUACAGAGCCUUAUAACAGGCUCCACAAUUUUGUUGUAAUGUUAUUUCCAAAUAUUGUACAUCAAAAUAGGGAAGUCCUUUCAUAUGGCCAGAUGACAUCUGUGUUUAUCGAUUAAUAUUAUUUUGAGCUUGCUAUGUUGAAGUUGUGCUUCUCGAGAUACUUUCCCUAAUCCAAGUUGAUUGAGUCUGUUUGACUGUAUUAGUUAGAUGCUGUGUGUGACUUGAUAAAUUAGACAAGGUCGUGUUUACUCAUUUUACGAAUAUUAAGGCAACAAGUUAGAUUGGAUAAUGGU